UUGAAAAGAAACAAAUGCAACUUCCUUCCUAGUUACAUGGUUAGUUUCACUUUCCACUCCUUAAGCAUAGUGCCACUUCCAUAGUGUUUCUUGACAUUAAUUACAGAAAAUCAAAAUUUAUUCUUCUUGUUCUUGUGGCCAAAAUAUGGAGGAGGAUGAUAAGAACAAGGCAGAAACUUCUUCCAAGAAAAGAAAAGGGCACCCUCCUGGUUCCGGUGGGGGAACAUUCACCCCUCAUAUAAUGAAUUUGAAUGCUGGUCAGGAUUUGGUGGACGCUAUAUACAAUCUAUCUGAAGCAUUACCUCGUCGAUCUGUUAUCAUAAAUUCGGCAACAGGUUCUGUAUCAGAGGUUGGCCUUUUUGAUCCAAAUGGUCCUCCUAACAAGCGCCAGGUAAAAUUUCAGAUAAUUACUUUAGCUGUAAUCUGUCUCGUUGAUGAUGAUGGUCGUCAUUGUCGUGCAAAGGCAAGAUGUGGAGUUAUAUUGACCGAUAAUAAGGGAAUUACUUUCGGAAGUACUGUUGUGAAUUCCCUCAAAGCAGCCGGACCUGUUAAGAUUAUUGCGUCCAGUUUUGCAACAGAUGUUGCUAAGGAAUCAACUGCAAGAAUUUUGGCUGCUGCUGCGGCUCGAAAUAGUAAUUCUGAUUCACAGAAGGUUCUUGAAGAGUUAGAAGGACACUCGAGUCGCCUUUCACCAACAACUAGUACGGCAAAUAAUCAGGACAUGAAGUCUCCUUCUGUAGAAGACAUUUGA